CUCCAUAUCUCAUCCAUGGAAGUCGCCAUCUUUAAGCUUCUGCUUAAAGCUUGACCUGAACUAAACCCAACCCCCAAUUAUCUCCUCCUCCCGCAUUGUCCCUUACCCCACUCCUCCUCUGUCGCCUUCUUUUUGCUUCAAUGGAUUCCGCUAACAUAACUUUUUCUCUGUACUGACUCCAACUUCCAGCAUAAUUAAUGCUUUGUGUUGUAAUCUACUGCAUUAAAUAAUUCCCAGAUAAUCCCAAUAGGUAACACCCAUUACGCAAAGUCAAGCCUUACCAACACUUAUCAUCUCGGAGAGAUCAAACAGAGUUGAGAUCGCCACGCUUGGUUUUCGACAUUUCAGGCUCGAAAAGGGGAGGCCGACAUGGUUGGUAUUUUCUCGAAGUUUUCUGUUGGUAGAGCUGGCCAUCGGCGAACUCAGAGCACCCUUGAUGAAAGGGAAGUAUUGCCCCCAAAUUCAGAGGUUGCAACCGCAGCUACAACUGCUGUCUCUACUCAUGGGAUUGAAGUAGCCGUGGAGUUUAAGCCAGUUGAACAUCCGGUUGAGCCUUUGGAUAGCGACCAACCAAUCCAAUGCCCACUUCCUGAACCUUCAAUUCUUAAUGAUGGAAGAAUAUGGAAGGAGCGAGUAUCAGCCCAAAGACUGAGAACUGACUUGCCAGUUGUGAAGGGUGUGGGUGCCCUUGAAUCUGAAGCUGCUGGAAGAAAACAACGGCCAACCCAAGUGAACCGCAUGAUUUUGCCAUCUCUAAGUGCCCCUGAACAUGAUUUGUUAAACCUACUUGAAGAAUGUAAUGCAUCUGGGAUCUAAAACCCAGUACCUGCUGCUAUUUGGAAUUCAACUUGGCAUAAAUUAACACGUAUAAGUUCCAAAGUGUUGUCAUUGUAUCAUAUUCUUUUCCAUUUCCAUAAUUAGUUGAGCAUUCAUGUUCCCCUCUUUACAAUCUGUAUAUCCAAUAAAUCACAUUGAAGUUUCCGUGUAUGCCUGGUGACAAUAUAUCCAGUUAAUGAUUUGAAAUUAUUUCAUUCAACCCAUGUGGGGUACGGUUAUCUUAUCUUCCAAUUAACAUCAUGUUGCCUU